UGUUAACACAGAUGAAAGUUCAUAUCAGUAGAGAUAAAGUUUAGUCCAGUUUUUUACUCCUGAUGUUUAAGUCCGGUGUGAAUAUGUUGUGAUCUCUUUGUUAUUUAGUUUUCUGGUCUGAUAAAAGAAGCAACAAAAUGAAUAAGUCACUAGCUGUCUUGAUCUUAGCUGUCCUGCUCUUUAAAGGUAUGGACAACGUCAGCCUAACCGAUGAGGACUAUGAAAUGACAGACAGACUCUUCACGCUGGGAGCUGAAGCGUUUUUGAAAUGCUUGGACAAUUUAAAAGGGGCAGCAGAAGAGGUUGUGGAAAAAAAUAAGAUCAAUAAAACAGGUACUGAUUUGCAAGACUUGUGGAUUUCUGUGAAGGAGAUGAUCAAGAAGAUCAGUGCUGAGGAAGAAGCUAAAGGACAUGAUCGUUUCAUUGUAGCACUGAAGAUUUUUCGCAAACUGGGUACACUUUACCAUGAUGGUAUGUCUGAGCUCUUAAGGACAUUCCCCAGCAACAGAUGGGCUGAACGAGAAUUUGGCAUGUUCAAAGGGAUCUUCAAAAAGGAGAAAGUGGUGGACCUCUGGAAAUAUGUGGAAUCACACUACCUUCCAGGAGCUCCACCAAUCUACAGCGAUCCCUUGGGGCUCCUCGUUUACCUUCUGUCUAAGUUGGGGGCACAGCCUCAAGUGGCUAAGAUCCUAAAAGUUGCUAUGGAAGUUGGGGAGACAGACAUCAAUCAACUUUUUGAAGAAGUGGAAAUGGCUGUGCAACUUGUCAGAGAGAAGGCCUUAGAAAUUUCUACCUUAGAAAGGCAGACUGAGAAGGAUGAGUUUCUAAUAACAUUGAGAACUGCAUCUGGAGUUCUUGCAUUUUACUGGGAUAAACUAUUGGAAUACACUGAGAGCCAGCCAUUCCAUAACAAGUAUUUAGCUGCUGUAAGGAGGUGGAAGGAGCUGAGUGUGUUGAAAGAUACUGAAAAAUAUCAUGUGAUUUAUAGCCCAGAAACGGGACUUAAAGCCUGGACUUGGGCAGAUGAGCGUUUUAGUGAUCUUUUUGACAAUGCUGCCCUAGAAUAUGAUCGAUGGGGUAAUGGGAUUUUUGGAGAUGAGAGAUUCAAUCAAUCCAGCUGGGCCAUUAUGAAGAUGGUGACAGUAUACCCUCUUCCAAUUUAUGAAAGAUUGUCUGAAAAUGGCCUUGGGAUGUCUGAAGUUAAUGAUUUUUUUAUUGACACUGAAAACACUCUCACUGAAUUGUUAGGUCAAGACAUCUUGUUCAAUUUGAAGGCUGUGAUUUAUGAAAUAUGGAAUAUUAUUAGUAAUGAAAUUUUUCAGGUUUCCAUAAACAAGAAAAACCAAAUUACAUCAAAUGUGGAAUAUGAGGACCCACUGCGACAUUUACGCAAAAUUAAAGCGACAUGCUUUGCCAUCUGGGACAGAGUUCUCUCUGAGAUGAACCAACAAAUUAAAAAUGUUGGACACAAAGAAUUAGCAAGCCGCUGGGAUGAAGUGAAGAGAAUUUUCAUUAAAGAGUUAACUGACAGUGGAGAAAUAACUCAAGAGAAGCUUGAUGAAGCACAAAAAACCUUUAAUAGUGUCACACAAAUGUUCUUCGACAAAUAUGUAAAAAUGAUCGAUGGUCUGGAGGAAAGGAUCAGUGCUUCCACUGAAAUUCUUGGCAAAGUGAUGCUGAUGGCUAUUUAUACCACAGAUUCGGUCCUGGUUAAUCUGGCCUCUCUGCUGUCGAAUUAAUUUCUCUCAAGGCAAGAACUAAAUUUUGUUCUAAUUUGUUUUGUCAUUCUGUGACCUAUGAGUGAUCCUUGUCCCUCUUCUCUUCCUAGUAUGUUUACCAGUGCUCAAUCGCUGAAGUUGUAUGAUUGGAACGCUAAUAGUGAUGGCCCUUCCUUACCCUAAAAAUCUACAGGAGUUUUAUAGUGAUUUGUGUCAAUUACGUUGAAAUCGGGUCUAGUAGUGUCUGACCUGAAGGCCUCAUCAUUUCAUAUUGUGGACGCAUCUGAUGCUCUUUCCCAAAUGUGUCUACAAAAUAUUUUCUGGUUUUUGUAUCCAAAAAUUAAAAUUUGCCAAAAAUUGACUCGUCCUCAGGCCAUCUGCAAUGUAGAUGAGUUGUUUUCUUUAUCCGAAACCGAUUUGGAGAAAUUUAGCAUUGCAUGUACAUCACUUGCUCGCCAGUGGAUCUUGUGUAGUGAAUGGGUGCCGUCAGAAUUAGAGUCCAAACGGCUGAUAAAAACAGAAAUCACGAUAAUCUACCAAUCCAGUCCAUCAAUUAAUGUCUUGUGAAGUGAAACGCUGCAGGUUUGUAAGAAAUAAAGCCAACUUUAAGGUGUUUUAUUAUUAAACUGUUGCUUCUGGCCAAAAUAUAUGUCCAUAAUCCUUAAAAAUCUUCCUCCAGUGAAAAAGUCCAUCUGGUGUCCUCUCUCAUCAAAGUCCUCUGACAUAUUUUUUGGGACACAUUUGUUUCAGACUUGUGACUGGUGCUUGAUCUGUGCAUAUUUCUCUCCUGAUUCAGGCGAGACCACCUUUUCACUGUAGAAAACAAUAAUAAUGAUAGAGGACUCAUUUAAAGUUAACGGCUCUUAAUGAUGGAUGUGUAUAAUACAAACACAUAGCAUUUUGCUUAGCAUAGCAUCCAGAUGACACAUAUAUAACCAGUCAUGUGGAUUAUUGGGAUGUUUUUUAUCAGCUGUUUGGACUCAUUCACUGCAGCAAUAUUGUAAUGCUAAAUUUCUCCAAAUCUAUUCAUAUGAAGAAACAAACUUGUCUAUUUUUUGGAAUUUCAGCAAAUUUCAAUUUUUGGGGAACUUAUUCAUUUGAUGCGGUAUUAAACUGUACACAUUAUAAACUGUAUUGCUAACCAAAUUUUGUCAAAAAAAAAAAAAGUAAAAAGUAAAGGAACAUCUGAUCUGCUUUAUAUAAUUUUAUGAUCCUUUUUUUAAAAUGAAGAAUAGCGUAAUCAGAAGGAUGUUCUUAUCUACCAAAACACCAUGCAAAGAUGAUGGCAGCAGUGAUUUGGAGAAAGUGUGGCUAACGUCUGUUUUUGGGUCUGCCAAGUCUGCAAAAAGGGAAAAAAAAGCAACAUGCAUCAAUACUUUACUGCCCUUGA